AAAAAAAAAAAAAAAAAAACGAAGGCAUUUAAUUUUUAAUUAAUUAAUAAUCUUAACUUAAUAUAAUUCAAAAUGGAUCCACAGCAACAAUUUUGUUUAAAAUGGAACAGUUACUCGUCCAAUUUGGCAAUAACAUUCUCCAAUCUAUUCAAAUCGGACGUUUUGGCGGAUGUGACAUUAUCGUGUGAUGGCACAGUAUUCAAAGCACACAAGCUCAUAUUGGCAGCAUGUUCGAAAAAAUUCGCCGAGCUGUUCGAGAGCACACCAACAAAUGGACAAUGCGUUGUCAUAUUGGAGGCCACUUCGUCCGACAAUAUGGCUGCACUGCUCGAAUUUAUGUACAAAGGUGAAGUGCAUGUGUCACAAGAGGCUCUAAACAGUUUCCUUAAAUCUGCGGAAAAUCUACAGGUGAAAGGACUGUCCACAGAAACUGGCCGCUUGGCCGCGCAACAGGCACAACAUGUCGAUACAUCGCCACUAGAAUCACCCACCGGGCGACGCAGCAUGCGCAACAGCCUAAGCGGUGGUGCUGGCAUUGGCAAUGUUGUCGGCAGUAGUCCGCUCACCAGUAUCGGUGGUGUGCCCAGUGGUGCCAUUAUCGGCGGCAAUAUGGCUGGCAUAAUGGCCGGAAAUGCAGAACGCAAUAGCAACAGCGGCAAUGGUAGUGUAGGCAGCGGUACUGGUGCCUGCAACCUCACUGGUGGUAGUCUCAUCAGCGGUCCUGGUAGCGCACACUGCAAUCCCCCAGCCAGCACUGCAAGUGCGCUCGGCGGCGGCGGCGGUGGUGGUGGUGGUGGCGUUAGUGGAGCAGGUGGUUUAGGCAGCGGCGGUGCCGCGAGUGUUACACAUCACCUCAGCAGCUCAAGUAGUAAUUUGAAGCACGAAUGCGAUUCUCUAAUGCAAAGUAGUACCGCAGCAGCGCUGGCCGCAGGUAUACCGCCCUAUGUGCCGCCCAUCUAUCGUCCCAUGUCGUUCGAACCACUGCGCAAGCGCGUACUCCGCAGUCCAUAUGCCGAGCAAGAGGUGCGCGGCAGUGUGUUACGUGAUGGUUCGAAAAAUUCAUCGUCCGAUUGCGCGAGUCCGAUCAGUAAACCGCCCUACCAUCGACCGUCGUCGAGCGCAUCAUCGAAUGCACCCACCGAGGCGGAUACAAUGCAAUCGGAGCGUACUUCACCGAGCCGUUAUGAAAAUCACAGUCCUGGUGCCACAGCGGGCAAUGGCAAUGCACCAAGCAGCCUAGACCGCUCAGUGAAAACGGAACGAAACAAUGGCAGUACACACGAGGCUAUUGAUGAUGACAGGAGCGAGCACGACGAAUCGAUUGAUAAUGGAGCCGAAGAUCUGCGAGUGAAGUUGGAAAAUUCCAACUAUUCGCCGCCACCGCCACAGCCACCUACCUCGAAUGCAUCUUCCACAACACCAUCCGCCUUGCUGGAGAACCUUAAGAACGUCGAAGCUGGUUUGCCAAGCAAUUUGGCUGCAUCCAUAGCGCCGGAGGAUAUGUUGAAUGUAUGGAAUUCGACGAAAAUGAACAACAAAAACAGCGGCAUGGUCAAUACGGCGGACGGCAAAAAGCUGAAGUGCCUGUUCUGUGAUCGCCUCUACGGCUAUGAGACAAACCUGCGUGCCCACAUCCGUCAACGACAUCAAGGCAUCCGCGUCCAUUGUCCCUUCUGUUCGCGCACCUUCACCCGCAAUAACACCGUGCGUCGACACAUCGCACGCGAACACAAACAGGAGAUCGGCUUAAGUGCAGCCAGUACUGGCAUUGUACCCGCCUCCAUCGCCGCUGCGGCUGCGGCGGCGGCCGCGAAUCAUUCACAAUAGGAUGCGGCCGCAACAGCGGCGGCAGCAGUAGUCAUGAGUGCGCAGAAAGCAGCAGCAAAACAACGUAAACGAAAAUCAUUGAAAAUGGCAUUGGAGAAAUGUAUGCAACGACGCGACGCAGCAGCUAGCAACAGUGGUGGCAGCGCUAGCGCAAGCGUAGGCAGAGCCGUCGUCGUCGGCAGCAGCAGCAGCAGCAGCAGCAACAAUAACAUCAGCAGCGGUGGCUUUACUGGCGAUAUAGCAAGCAGCAGCAGCAACAACGCGAACGCCAAUAUAGCCGCCAUCGGCGUAAUAGCCAGCACAUCGACGCGUGCGGCAGAAGAACGCAAACAACAGCAGCAGCACCAACACGUACAGCAGCAAGUCGAGUUGGAGCAUAGAAAACAUCAGCAAACACAGCAGCGGCAGGCGCGGCAAGAGCGGCGGCGUAAUAGUACGACGAGCACGCGCAACGCCAGCACUAGCAGUGCAAUGGUGGAGCAAAAGGUGGGAGAACAGGAGGAGGAGGAGGAGGAGGAGGUUGGUGUGGAGCCCGAGGCUAAACGUGAAAAGCAAGAACCACCAAUGGCUGAGGUGGAGGAGCGCGCACACGAGGCUGAUAUCUCGCUGAUGGAUACCACUGGUAGUAGCGCCACCACCACAACCACCGCCACUGACACCUCCACCACCAGCACCACUAACAACGACCGCCACAACAACACAACCAGCACCAUUGAUUCGUCAUUUGUUGGUGGUGAAUUGGCUGACACCACUGUGGAACGUUUGGAUACAUCCAGUGAAAUGGAAACAGAUGCGGAUGUACUCCCAACAACAACAACAACAACGACACAGGUGGUGGUGGAAAGCACAAAGCGGUCAGUUGUAGCAGAAGCACCAACAUCAAGCGCUGAAGCUGAAGUAAAUACCGCUGUUGUUACACCUGAAACCACAAUAACAAUAUUAAAACCGCUUGCUGCACAACAACAAAUAAUAAAAACAACAACAGCCUCUAAUGAGGCUACUACACAAAACCCACCGGUACAAAUGGAAACCGACGAAGAAGACGACGACGACAAAGUCGCGGCCACAGCCACUAAGUCCGAAGCUGCUGCGGACAUGGUUGGGGCUGAAACGCAGGUGACCACAACAGAAACUAUAGAAACAACAACAAUUGAAAAUGCCAAUGCCAAUGAAACGCCAACAACGACAACAAAAGCUGCUGAAUAAAUGUUGUAGUUGGUGAAAGUGAAGAGAUAAAUCGAUGCAGAGAGGAAGAAGCUUUAGGAGAUAAGAAGAAUGAAGAAGA